ACUAAGAAAUUCAGACGAUGUGAGUUUUUCUUCGGACAUUAUGGCAGCUGAAUCUGAUGUUCCACUGAAGCGUAGCAAUAGUUUCCCAUUUUUACCACCUUACAUGUCUGAGCUCAGGGUGGUUAUUCUGGGGAGUGACUGGAGUCAGAGGAGCUCUGUGGGAAACCUGUUAUUGAAUGACAUUGUGUUUGAUGCAACAAAAGAACCUGAACGUCCCACAAGACAAACAGGAAAACUCCAAGACAAGGAGAUCUCAGUGAUCAACUGUCCAGACCCGCUCCAGUCCGGCCUCACUGCAUACAAACUGUCAGAGAUAGUCACAGACAUAGCAGACGCCUGUGCCCCUGGUCCUCAUGUGUUCCUGUUGGUUCUACAGCCUGAAGACUUCACUGAACAACACAACCUCAGACUACAGUCAGUCCUGAGGAGCUUCAGUGAGCAGGCCUUCCAUCAUUCACUGGUGCUGCUAACAGCAACAAAAGAGACCAGUGUAAUGGAGGAUGUGAAUUCUCCCCCUCUGAAAGAUCUGAUUACAAAGUGCAAAGGCAGAUAUCAGUGGGUGAAGAGCCUUGAAUCAUAUAUGACCUCUGAAGUACACAAAGAGCUCUUUACUAAAAUAAUCCAGAUAUUUAAAGAGGACAAUGGAAACCAUGUUGUCCACGAUAAAUUUGAGGAUGCUUCUCAAAUUGCUCAUCAUCAGACCAAAGAAAGAGAAGGCGGCAUUUUUACUGCAGUUAAAAAAGGACUUAACAUAUUGAAAAAGCCUAUGUUAUCUUCAGGAGCUGCUCUCAGGAUUGUACUGUUUGGAAAAAGCGAUGAUAAAAAAAACAAAAUGUUUAAUUUUAUUCAUCAGAAGUACAACGAUCACUUGGGUGUGCCAACACAACAUCAUAUUUCAACAACAUAUUCUGCUAUGUGGAAAGAAAGAGCAGUGGUAGUGAAGACCCCAGACUUGUUCAGUCUGUCUGUGGAGACUGUGACAGAAGAAAUGAAGAAAUGUGUGUCUGAGUGUUAUCCUGGACCCAACGUCCUGCUGCUGUUGGUGAAACCUUUAGACUUCACUGAGAACGACAGGAAAACUCUGAUGCUCAUCCUGAGUCUGUUUGGUCCAGGUGUCUUUAAACAUUCCAUGGUGGUUCUCACACACAACAUGCAAAUGACCCCCAGUGUUUCAAAGCUCAUUUCUGAUUGUGGUGGAAGAUUCUACAACAUCUUUGAUGAAAACCACAAACUCUUGACUGAUUCCCUCAUGAGGAUUGUACAUGAAAACAGAGCAUCCUUCCUCACUCUCACUGAGGAGCAGAAACCCUCUCUGAGCCUAGUUCUUUUUGGGAGAAGUGGAGCAGAGAAGACCUCAGCAGCUGAGUCCAUCUUAGGGCGAGCAGAGCUCCCUGCAGCGAGCGGCCCAGGGCAGUGUGUUAAACAUGAGGGAGAGGUGUGUGGGCGUCGGGUGUCUCUGGUGGAGCUGCCGGAUCUGUCUGGAAAACCUCUAGAGGCAGUGAUGCAGCAGUGUCUCCACUGCAUCUCCCUCUGUGCUCCUGAGGGUGUCCACCUCUUCAUCCUGGUUCUACCGCUGGGUCCACUCACCGACGAAGACAAGGCCGAGCUAAAGACCAUCCAGGACACACUCAGCUCACGAGUCCUUCUCCUCACUAUGAUUCUGUUCACUGUGGACUCAGACCCCACUGCUCCAGCUGUGCUUCAGUUUGUCAAUGGAGACAGAGACAUCCUGGAGCUGUGUCAGAGCUGUGGAGGAGGAUAUUUUAUACUCAACUCCAGGGACCAGAGGCAGGUCUCUCAGCUGCUGGAUUAUUUAGACACAUUGAGGACCAAGAAUUUAAGUUACAGCUACACCACAGAGACACUCCAUCAAGCUCAAAUAGAGAAGAUUUCAGCUCAACACAAAGAAAUUGACGACAUGAAAAGUAAAACAAAAAGAUGUGAUGAUAGUCUGAGUCCUGAUUGUCUCAGGAUUGUUCUGAUUGGAAAAACAGGAAAUGGAAAGAGUUCUUCAGGAAACACCAUCUUGGGAACAGAUGAGUUUUUAGCUAUACCUAGUCAAAUGUCUGUCACUAAAGCUUGUAAAAGUGUCAAAAGUACAGUAGGUGGACGCUCUGUGACUGUGGUGGACACUCCAGGACUGUUUGACACGACCAUGUCCCAUGACGAGGUCUUUGAGGAGAUGCUGAGCUGCAUUAGUCAUUUAGCUCCUGGACCACAUGUUUUUCUGGUGGUGUUACAAAUUGCACGACUGACGAAAGAAGAGAAAGAGACACUAAAACUUAUCAAAGAAGGGUUUGGAAAAGAGGCAGAAAAGUUUAUUAUUAUCCUUUUUACACAUGGAGAAGUUCUGGCCAGUGCUAAAAUGUCAGUUGAAGAUUACAUAGACAAACAUUGUGAAAGUUCCUUUCAGAACCUGAUCUCUAACUGUGGGAACAGGUACCAUGUGUUUAAUAACUGUGAUAAAGAGAAUCACACUCAGGUCCAAGAGCUGCUGCAGAAGAUUGAUCUGAUGGUGAAGGAAAACGGUGGACGCUGCUACACCAACGACAUGCUCAAAGAGGCGGAUGCAGCCAUUAAAAAAGAGAUGGAGAGAAUUAUGAAAGAGAAGGAAGAGGAGAUGAGGAAAGAGAGGGAGGAGAUGGAGAGAAAAUACCAACAGGAAAUGGACAAACAAAGAGAAGAAUUUGAAAAAGAACGACAACAGAGAGAAAAAGAACUCAGAGAAAAGGAGGAAAAGAUUAAAGAGCAGCAAAAAAGAGAGCAAGAAAAGAGAAAAGAAGAAGAGAGGAAGAGGGAGGAAGAAGAGAAACUGCAGCAUCAGGAAUGGGAACAAAAAAGACAAGCUCUGGAGGAAAAAAUAAGAUUAGAGCAAGACUCAAAAGAACAAUUUGAAGUAAAACUUCAGGAGAACAGGAGACAGAUGGAAAUGGAAAGAGAGCAGUGGGAAAAAGAACGGAAAGAAUGGUGGGAGAAAAGAAAACAAGAAGAUGAAGAGAGACAACAGCAGGAGAAAAAAUUAAAAGAAGAAAUUAAACAAAUUGAAAAUGAAAAACUGCAGAAAGAAAAAGAACUAAAAGAAAAAGAAAUGAAGAUUAAAGAAGAAGGAGAUGAGCGCAAAAGAGAACAAAAAAAGAGAGAAGAAGAGGACAGACAGAGGAAGGAACAAGAGGAAAAACUGCGACAAAAACACAAAGAACUGGAAGAAAAAAUCAAAUCCGAAGAGCUAUCUAAAGAAACGAUUGAAACAAAACUAAAAGAGAGCAAGACACAGAUGGAACAGGAGCGAGCGAAGUGGGAAAGAGAAAGAAAAGAAAGGCUGGAGAAAAGAAAACAAGAAGAUGAAAAGAGACGACAACAGGAGGAAAGAAGACAAAAGGAAAUGAGACAAAUAAAAGAAGAAAAAGAGCAGAAAGAGAAAGAACUUAAAGAAAAAGAGGAAAAAUAUAAAGAAGAGCAACAAAGAGAACGGGAAAACAGAGAAAAAGAAGAAAAUAAAAGGAAGGAUGAAGAAAAACAGCAGCGUCUUGAGCAGGAACAAAAAUACAAAGAAAUGGAAGAAAAGAUCCAAUCAGAAGCAAAGUCAAAGGAAAUACAACUAAAAGAGUACGAGAGACAGAUGGAGCAGGAGAGAGCGAAGUGGGAAAGAGAAAGGAAAGAAUGGAGGGAGAAAAGAAAACAAGAGGAUGAAGAAAGAAAACAGGAAGAGGAAAAAAGACAAAAAGAGGUAGAAGAGGAAAUAAAAAAGUAUAAUGAAAAACUCAAAGAAAAUGAGCUAAAAUUAGAAAUAGAGGAAAAGAGGAGAAAGGAGUUAGAGGAGGGACAUCAAAAACAGGUGGAAGAACUGAAGAAGAUUUAUGAAGAGAAGGCCAGAAGCCAAGCCGAAGAGCACAAUGAGUUCAAAGAGAAACUCAGACAGGAGUCAGAGUACAUCAAACAACUUCACAAGGAACAAAUCAAAGAGAAAGAUAAGAGUUAUGAUCUGCUGCAGGCAUUAAAUGCUCAUAAACAGAGGCAGAAGAUGGAAACUCAUCAGAAAGAAGUAAAUGUUCUAGUAAAACAACUUUGGGCAAGACCAGACAAGUUGAUUAAAAUUAAUAAAAUAAUUUCAAAACAGGAAAAAGAAAUAAAUGAACUUGUUACAAAACAGAGAGAUGAAAUAAACAAAGUCAAAAAUGAGGAGGAGAAAAAUGCAAUGCAAAAAGAGCAGGAAAAAGAGAAAGAAACUAAGCAAAAACAACAUGAAAAAGAGAUAAGUGAGUUAGUAGAGGAAGUGAACCAGUCUUCCUGUGUGAUUUCAUAAAAUAACUAAAACGUAGAACCAUCACUGUGUUUUCCCAGAUCUUGUUUUUAGUUCAUUUGAGUUGACAGACAGAGCAGCCACACGACUCACAGAGUUAAGUUUAUGUGGCUCUGGGUGGAGUCUUGUUUUUAAUAAGGGACAUGGAGAGAGGGACAGUCUGCACAACCAUUUCUGCUCUAAUGU